UCGAGUUCACUGAACUGCAAAUAACUCUGUUGAAGGUGUUGCUUUUGAUAUUGUUAACAAAUUUGGUAUUGAUUGGAUUUGCUUGGCGUAAAUUUGGUCAAGUUAUAACAGAAAAGUUUGUUGAACCAAGCACCUUGAAAGAAAUUGAAGAACUUAAACUUUCUGUAGCGAAACUUAAACUUCCCAAAGAGCAUUCGCCAAGAAUUUAAGAGUUCAAAAUGUCCAAUCGAAUUAGGAAAUUCUUUUCCCGUAAAAAGGAAGAAGCUAAAUUCAAGCUUAAAGUUGGUAACAUUGGAACUGGACAUCAAUUGAAUGCUCCUUCUGCACCAUCGUCGUCCAAUCGUCAACCACCCAAAGACGUUUAUAUUCCACCAAAACGUCAAGAAUUAAGCAACGAAGCUAAAGCAGCAGCUGCGGCUGCUUUAGCUCGAGUUGAAAAGAAAGAUAAUAAAGAAUUUAAUACAUCAUUGGCAGCUAUUAAAGCACAAGCUAAACGUGAACUUGAAGCUGAGAGGAAACUUAAAGAAGAGGCAGCAGCUGGUGCGGCAGGUGGUGGAGCUGCGGAGGCAGCUAAAGAAGUUGUGGAGAAUAAGAAUUUGGCUUGUCAUGGUGUAUUCUUUCGAUGUCCAAUGAUUGGCGAAGAAAUUCUUCCCAAAAAAGAAUGGAAGAUCAAGAUUAAGGAGUUUCUUUAUCAGCAAUUGGAGCAAGAGAGGGCAUUGACUGCUUGUUUGAUUAUAUACAAUUGUAAUACCAAGGAAAAGGCUGAGGACUGCGUUGCCACGCUCUCCAAAUAUAUUGAAAAUCUAAUAAAUCAUCCAGACGAAGAAAAGUACUGCAAAAUCAGAAUGACCAACAGAAUCUUUUGUGAAAAAGUUCGUUAUGUAGAAGGUGCAUUAGACUUUCUCAAUGGAGCUGGUUUUAGAGAACAAGAAAUCGACAACGAACCUUUUCUACUUUGGUGCAAAGACAAUCUCGAUCCUGAUAUGGAACUUCCAGUUCUGCUCGAUGCUCUUCAAAAUGCCGAACCUAUUCUUUUAGAAUUAGAUCGAAAUAUUCAAGUACUUUUGCCAAUGCAAGCAAAACGCACUGAAUUGCCAAUGGACUUUUUCCGCAUUACCCCCGAAGAGAUUAAACGUGAACAACAACUUCGAAGUGAAGCCAUUGAGAGCGCACAGAUUUUAAAGACAAAAGCAAUGCGUGAACGUGAAGAACAACGUAAUCUUCGAAUGUAUCGUUUUGCAUUGAUUCGUAUUAAAUUUCCAAAUGGAAUUUAUUUACAGGGAACAUUUAACGUUUAUGAAAAACUUGGCGACAUUUAUCAAUUCGUACAGUCAUGUCUGGCAGAUGAGGCAUUGGAGUUUAACUUAACACUUAGUGGUAGCCAAUUUUCUGACCAGGAUAUGGACAAAUCUCUUUAUGACUUGAGACUCAUUCCAAGUGUGAUGUUUCUAUUUAUUGCUUCUACUACAAAUGUAUCUGAUGAGAAUUUCCUUAAAGAAGAUCUCCUUAUGCUUAUCCAACCAAUGUAAUAUCCAGAGAUGAUUUACUACUAUACCAUUAUUAUUGUCAUUUAAAAAUGCUUUCAAAGCAAUCACUGUAACUCGCUAUAACUCAACUAUAAACUGGAAGAUUGAAGUAUUUAGUUGUUGAUGAAAAGGGCUUUUGAAAUUUGAAACAGACAGAGACAGCACAAGAAGAUAUGUAUAAUGUUGCCGAUGGUCAUUCGAUCAUCACAACCCACAUUACCACAUCUAUUGUUGUAUUUGUAUAAUUUGUUAAAAAAAAAAAAUAUUUCCAUUCUUAUUUAUAGAAAAAGAAACAAAUUGAUAUAAAAAAAAAUAUUUAUUACUUCAGCAAGACA